AUGUCCGGCUUCACGCCCGGCCGCGAGACCUGGCGGAUUAAAAUAGAGAAGCAGUUGGAUGGAUUCUGCCGAAGCGCCAAUAGAGAACUCCAAUUCCCGCCGACGCUCACGAGUGAAGAGCGCCGCUUCGUCCACGCCCACGCCCCCAAAUUAGGCCUCAAGACAAAAUCACAGGGCAAAGGGGCCGAGCGCUUUUUAACUGUGUGGAAACCUCAAAGAGUUGUGGCUUUAGCUGAGGAUGCUCCUAGACUAGACUUAGCCAAGGACGCGGCCGUCGUCCUCGACGCCCACUUCAGGGCCCACCCUCCCACGCCAGAGGAACUCAAUGAUGCGAGGGAAGGGCGAGUCGCGGACGCGAAACCAAGCCCGGAACCGGGCACCGUUCGCAGUACGCUGAGAAACGUCAAAAACCGCCACAAGUCGAGAGCCGCGGUCAUCGACUACGCCAAAACGAAGCCGGAGUGCGCGACGGCGCCGUCGGCCAUGCGUAAAGCGCGUCAGAAGCUGCCGGCCUGGGAGGCGCGCUCCAAGGUCGUCGAUUUGGUAAAGAGGCACGAUGUGGUGCUCGUCGCGGGCGAGACGGGAUGUGGGAAGAGCACGCAGGUGCCCCAGUUUUUGUUCGACGCGUCGGCGUGUGAGGCGAGUAUUGCCUGUUCGCAGCCUAGGCGACUCUCAGCGAUCGCCGUGGCCGAGCGCGUCGCUGCCGAGAGGGGCGAGACCUGCGGCUCGACCGUCGGGUACCAAGUGCGCUUCGAGUCCUCGUUCUCGGCCAAGACACGGUUGUUGUUCGCGACGCCCGGAGUGUUGCUGCGGAAGCUCGGCUCCGACCCCGACCUCGUGUCGUACACGCACUUUUUGCUGGACGAGGUCCACGAGGAGGACCGGGACACGGAGUUCUUGCUCGUGGCGUUGCGGGAGUUAGUAGCGCGACGGAGAGAAGCGUAUGACGCAUCACCUGACGUAGCGCCGCCUCCGUUAAAAUUAGUGCUCAUGUCGGCAACUUUGGGCCUGCAGAAGCUCGGCGACUAUUUUGGCGGGUGCCCGUCGUGCUCCAUGGGCGGCACGAACUAUCCCGUCACGACGUUCUUCCUCGAGGACGUGCUCAAGCAGACGAAGCGCGUAGCGGCGUCCGAUGAUCGCCACGCCGUCGACGCGACGCUGGAGUCGGCGACGCGUCGCGGCGAUGGCGUGAAGGCGCCGCAGCACCGCGAGACAACGCCGAACGCAGGUACGUCACACUGGCAGCGGACAUGAAUUCUCGAGCGGAAGCCCUCAAGACCGACGACCAGGACUUCAAGAAGGAGGUCCUCGAGGCCUCAAAAGUUUUAGAUGCCGGAUUGAAGUGCGCCAUGUGCGGUCGCGCGGGCUUCGGUUCUGUGGAAGAACUGGGAGAUCAUGCCGCGGAAUGUUUCGGCGAGCCCGUGGCGAGCAGCGACGCCGUGACGGGCGACGACGACGCCGCCGUGCUCGCCGAGAUGCUCCGCACGAGGGACCUCGAGGAAGAGGUUGUUGAAACUGAGGUCGACUUUACGGCUACGUCCUAUGAGGACGACGAGCGCGCGGUGAACCGGGUCUCGGCGGGCGGCAAGCAGGUCCACGCGGACGCCGAGGGCGACGCGUUGGUGCGGCAGUACCAGCGGUCGGUCGACGACCAGACGCUGGAUCCGGACCUCGUCGCGGCCCUCGUGGAGUACAUACUUUAUAGCUCAUACGACAAGGGUGCUAUACUGGUGUUUGUGUCCGGCUGGCACGACAUCGAGCGGUGCCAAGAUAAAUUGGAGGAGUCAUCCGUCGCGGCGUCGCUGUGGGUCGUCCCGCUCCACGGCAGCAUCGAGUCGAGCAAGCAGCGCGACGCCUUCCGCCCGCCGUCCGACCCAAAGCAGUGGAAGGUCGUGCUCGCGACGAACGUGGCGGAGACGUCCGUGACGAUCCCCGACGUCAGUUUCGUGAUCGAUGCUGGGCUCGAGAAAAUUGUAAAAUACGACGACCAUUUGGGCGCUGACUCAGUGUGUUGAACUUGACUUCAACGUGGACCGUUCGCGGUUUGAGUGGGUCGUGCGACGUCGUUUCCUAGAAUCAUGGCGCUGGGUGGUUUUUUAUGCGAUUUUGAGGCCGUUCAGACCGAGUCGAGCGACCGCGAUGCUCCGAACGUUUCCGAACUUCAAGGUCGCGUCGAUGGCGUCACGACGCCGUCGACGCGUCGCGGCGACGGCGGGGAGGGGCGCCGCACGCCAUCGGCGCGACGUCCCUGUGACCGCGUCGUCACCGCGCAGGCGCCUCGGUGCUCCGCGCGGGCUACGUCUCGCAAGCGUCCGCGAACCAACGAAGAGGCCGAGCGGGUAGAACGAGACCAGGUGUCUGCUUCCGGCUCUAUACGCGGCGAAGGCACGAGGUCAUGGAGGUGAGUCGACCUUCCGAGCUCCUGCGGUUGAAUUUGGAGGGCCUGUGUCUCCAUGCGACGGCCCUGCGGGUCAUGCCUUCCUCGGUCAUAGACGAGGCGUCGUGGACGGCUAGAGAUUUUCUCGGAAGGGCGCUGAACGCGCCGCGCGAAAGUGCGGUCGAGCACGCCGUGCGGUCGCUGAUCGCGAUGGGCGCGUUGUAUUCGGAUGAUGAAUUGGCGACGCCAUUAGGUGCUGCUUUGGCGCACCUCCCGCUGGACCCGCGACCGGCUUUAGCCGCGUGCUACGGCCGUUUAUUGUGCGGCGCGCGGAGCGCGGACGCGUUCCGGGCCGUCUGCUGCAUGGACGGCAAAGAUCCAUUUGUGCGUGUACAGUGUCUCUCUUCCGAUUUUGGGGCCGUUCGGACCGAGUCUCUGUCCGAAUCGGCUCGAAUUCGGACCAUCGCUUUCUCUGAUGGAGACGAGUCCUGCGGACACUUCAGAACGCCGAGAUCACAUGUCUGUCGCGCGCAGGUCUCGAAGGCCGGGAAGGACGGCUUCGAGAGGAAUCGAUCCCGAAGGGAAUUGGGCGGCGCGUCUAGAUCUGAUGUUGCUGCCUUACGAAAUGCGGCGGCCGGCUUCGCGAGUGCGGGCGCGCAGAAGAGCCAGUACUGCCGGAAGCAUUCGCUCGGCUUUGCGACCCUAAGAAUGGUCGAAAAUGCGGCCGCCCAGCUCGAGCGAGAGGUGCCCUCGAAGUCGAUCAACGCGCCGUGCGACGACGGCUGUCUCGACGCCGUGGCGUGCGUGGCUCUUCACCCGAACGUCGCCGCGAGAGAUCCUGGGAAAGGGCAGUACGCGUCGAAGCAGGGCGCGUCAUGUCGAGUGCACAACCAGUCGUUGGCGGGGGAUCGCGAGUCGCCGUUCGCGUCUUGCAACCCGCACGAGGGGUCGACGCCCCAACUUUUAUGUUUCGGGGCGUUACUUGAAAGUGACGCGGCCUUUCGAACGGGCCUGAAACUGGCCACGAACCAGCCCUGCGCGCCGCUGACGCUGGCUCUACUGUGCCAUUCCGACGUGGCUCGAAGCGGUAGCACGCUACUCAUCGACGGGUGGCUGCGGUACGCGAUGGACGAUAAUAUCCUAGACAAGCUGCUGGUGCUGCGAUUGCGCUUGCGGGCGGCGUUAAGUGCGACGGUGGCGCGGGCGCCUUUAUCAGUGAGGCUGCGCAAGGCGGCGGACGCGGCGCGGGAUGUUUUAGCGGCCGAACAACGGCGCUUGAUCGGUACCGGUCGGAAUAGCGUCGGCGGCGCGGCCCUUCGGUCGGGCCGGGGGCGCGGGCGCGACGGGCGCGGGCGGGGCCGAGAGGGGCGCGGGCGCGGUCGGGAC